UGCGGAAGUAGUAAAACUCACCAUGGCGUUCGGAGGAAAUGAACCUCGAGAAUUUAUUUUAAAAGAAGGUGGAGAGGAGAUUGUAGUAUUACAGGUAAACGUGGGAACAGACGAGACUGCUGCUGUAAAUGACUUUUGUCGAUUUUGCUGUAAAAACUUAAGAAGAAAUGGCGUUAUAGGACACUCCGUGCUUAUUUUCUCACGGAGUAAACCCGAAUGUAAAUCUGCAUCGGACAGACUGGAAGAUUUGGGAUUGAUCGUGAAGCCAAGUAGAAAUAAAUCAACGCGCAUGUGCAAAACGUGUUUACAUCUGGUGGAGCGCCUGGAAAAAGCCAUGUCUGUUUUUCGUAAAUGGAAAGAAGAAGAGGAAAAGGGCGACACAGACGAAACGGCAUCCACAAACUCACCUGAACCCAGCCAUAAUAAAAGAGCCCGCUCCCCAUCUCCAUCAGCACCACCUGCACCACACAGGCCUUUACCCAAGAAACCCCGCGCCACCCCUCCUCAGCAGGCCAGGAGAAGUGUCACACAGGUCAUUACUACGUUCACAAGCAAAACUAUUGUAAAAGUUGUUUCUGAUAGUGAAGCGGGGAUCAUCCAAAACAUUGCGAACCAAAACUGGACAACUGCUGCCAACUUGAUGUCCACCCACAAAGACCUUUUUGAUGAGAUAAAAUCCAAGGUUCUGGUUUCCAUCCAUGAGGAAUGUAUGAGCUACUCAAACUCCAACAACAAAUGUAUGCUUUGGAAAAAUUCUCCAGACAACCUCAAGUCUUUUUCUUUUAAUAACCUGAUUUCUGAACUCGAGCACAGGUCACCCUUUUUACUCUCCAUUUUUCAAACUAUCACCAACAACAACAAUGAUGAUGCUGCUUGUGCUGCACUUUGCAUAGCACUCAGAGGGAGGGAGCCCCGUUUGUCUGCUUUCUCCUAUCACAUCAACACUAUAAUCGCACGUGGAGGUAUAAAGAAGGCUGUUUAUAACCGAUUAGGCAAAAUGGCAAUUACAACAUCAUACUACCAUGCUUUGCUAAAGCAAAAAGAGAUGAAGGGCGCUAAAAGAGGAGCCACCUGCGGAGAGUCUCCCCCCCAGUUAGACGUUCCUGCUGAAACUUUGCAGAACCCCGGUGAGGAAAUAUAUAAUUCUGCUGAUCCAGAAGAACUGGGGCCUAAAGACACAGAUUUGGAGAGCCUUGUAGAUCCAUGUGCAGAAAAGAAACUUUUUAGUUCUUGUUCAGAAAACAUUACAUGACACAGUUAAAACAUUAAAAACACAUACUAUGCAAUGUAUAAUAUGCACUGUUUACAACUCCCAUGUUUUUGUUGUAUGGUUCAUGGCUAAAAAAAACACAAUAAAGGAAAAUAUAUAAUUUAUUAUU